AUGGCACCCAAAGUUGUUCGAUGGGGAAUCUUGGCGACGGGCGGUAUCGCCCAAACUUUUACCAAAGACCUUCUUGUGGACCCCGCCACGCGAGGUGUUCAUGAAAUCAAGCACACCGUUGUUGCAGCGGCAAGCUCGUCGAGCGCCUCUCGAGCCCAGGAAUUCUUGAAAUCAGUCAACGCUCCUUCAUCGGCUGUGGCUUACGGCUCCUACAAAGAACUCGUGCAGAACAAAGAUGUCGAUAUUGUCUACGUUGCCACCCCUCACUCCCACCAUUACCAAAAUGUCAUGCUCUGUCUCGACGCCGGGAAGAACGUGCUAUGCGAGAAGGCCUUCACGGUGAAUGCAGCCCAGGCGAAGAAGCUUAUUGAAACGGCCCGCGAGAAGAACCUCUUCCUUAUGGAGGCCGUCUGGACACGCUAUUUCCCGAUCUCGAUCUACGUCCGGGAUGCCAUCACGUCCGGAAGACUUGGAACCGUGACCAGAGUCUACUCGGAUAACUCCCUGGCUGCAGAGCCCGAAAAGGCGUGGCCGGGCGGUAAAAGCAGAAUGGUCGCUCCUGAUCUGGCCGGGGGUGCUCUUCUUGACAUGGGCAUCUACAGCCUGACCUGGGUGUUCCAGACACUCUAUACCACACAGUCUCCUCAACACCGCAAACCUCCUCGUGUUGUUUCGACCAUGCAGAGAUACCCUGAGACUGGGGUGGAUGAAAUGACAACCAUGCUUUUGACCUUCCCCCGGGACGCCGCCGCCGGCGGUGACAUGCAUGCUACAGCCACAACUAGUUUCCGCGUGGGAAAUGACGUUGACGGGGCCGGCACCUGUGGGCCUGCCGUCCGCAUUCAAGGCACACUUGGUGAAAUGCAAGUCUGGCCUCCAAUCUAUCGACCUACUCGCACCAGGCUCAUCCUCAAGGACGGCACAAUCGAAGACAAGAACUGGCCUCAACCUGGCCCAGGCAAGGGGAGCGGAUGGUACAAUGGGUUUGGCGGCAGUGUCAAUCAAGAGGGAGAAGGGCACGGCAUGUUCUGGGAGGCAGAUGAGGCUGCUCUGGCCUUGGUGGAAGGUAGAAAAGAAGGCAAGUUCGAAAGCUUGGAUGAAUCUUUGGUCAUCAUGGAGCUCAUGGACGAGGUUCGAAGGCAGAACGGUCUCGUGUACCCGGAGAAGAUCGAGACGACAGACAGAGUCGAGCUCUGA